UAAAGUGGAUUGGCUAAUAUAACUGUUAAUGUGUAUGAUACUGAAGUCUAGAUAGAGUACAUGAUAUAAACUUAUUUUCUGUAUAGCACUAUCAAAAUACAAAUUAUUUAAAGAGGAAAUUACUAGCACGUCACACUCCUUCCGCUAAGGAUACAAACUUCCGGCUUGUUUUGUUUUGUUUCUAGAAAAGUCAGCAAGAUGGCGGAAUAUUCGGCUGUUCAGAAAGGGUCAUUAAAACUCAAAGGAAUUGGAAAUAUUUCAGCUGGUAAAAAGAAGAAGAAGAAGGACAAGGAGACAAAGCGUUUGGAAAAACAGGUGCUGACCACUUCAACAGAGGAGGAAACGACCAAGAAGGCUUAUGUUGAUAAAAGAACACCAGCUCAAAUCGCCUUUGACAAAAUCCAGGAGAAAAGACAAAUCGAAAGAAUUUUGAACAAAGCUUCCAAGACACACAAGCGCAGAGUUGAGGAGUUCAACAGACAUCUGGACACACUGACGGAGCAUUAUGAUAUUCCUAAAGUCAGCUGGACCAAAUAACACAGAAGUCCUGUGGCCCAUCAGCAGGAUGAUGACGUUCAGUUUUUGCGUAUUUGACACAGUCUCUGACCUACCAUUUUAAAUCAACUGAUAUUUAUUUAGCAUCUGUAGACUUUGUAGAUCUACUGAGCUUUAAAUGUGUGGAUUUACUGUCCUCUGUGUUCACUCAGAAGUCAUUUGGAGGUUUUUUUCCCCCUUCUCCUGCAAGAGAUGCAUUAUUUAUGUAAUUUUUUAAAAAAAAUGUAGGUUUCAUUUUGAAAUCUACAUUUAAAAAAAAAAAUCUAAGUAAUGCAUCUCUUGCAGGAAAAAAAAUAUCUGCACAUCUGUACAUAUCUGCACUGAUGUUCAGUAUAAUGGAAGAAACUAUUAGUCCAGAAAUGAAACUUUUCACUUUUCCCUGUAGAAGUACAGAUUGAUUUGACAUGUCUUAUGUCUAUUUUUUUUUUUUAUAUAAAGUUUUGCACCAAAGCUACCAGUCUAAUGUGGUACUCAAACACCAAUUGUACAUUAACAGAUUAAUAAAACAUAAGUCAUAGCCCA